AUGGCGGCUAUUGAGGAGCAGUUAAAAGCCCAGGUUCGUCAAGAGCCUUCCGUUCAUGAAGAGGUACUCGUUCAGGAGUCAUCUAUUCGAGAGGAAAUACCAGAGAGGGAACCAGUGGUCCCACCGACACCACCAGUUGAGGACGGAGCAGCUGAUCAGGAGGCUUGGCUUCGUUUAGUUGAGAGGUAUCAGAAGUUGAAAGCACCAGAGUUCCACGGUUCGACGGAUUCCAUUGCUGCACACAAGUGGAAAGAGGAUAAGCAGAGGCUAGCGGCUUUUAGCCUCAAGGGAGAUGCAGGAGGAUGGUACCGACUUCGCUUCACCCCAGAGCAGAAGAUGACGGUUUCGUGGGAGACCUUCAUAUAUCUUUUUGAUGAGCAGUAUGUUUCGGCUGCAGUGAAAGCCGAAAAGGAGUUAGAGUUGGCUCGUUUAGAGCAGGGGGAUAUGUCUGUCAUGGACUGUAAGAGUAAGUUCAUGUCGUUGCAUAGAUUCACCGGUAUGUGGCACACAGAGGAGCGUCAGGCUCAGAUGUUUUUGAUGGGACUUCGUCCGGGGUUGCGUCGGUACAUAGUAUCUCAGGGAUUUCGUUCAGAUCAGGAGGUAGCAGAUGCUGCCAUGGCUCAGGAGACGGAUACAGCCUAUUUUAUCAAGGGUAAGGACAACGGUAAGUCAGGACAGCCCGAGGACAAAGGAAAGGGUAAGAGACCAUUUGGAGGCUCAGGAGGGCCCCACCAGCAGAGCAAGGGUCCGCAUCAGCAGGGUCCCCAUAAGAAGGGACAUCAGCAGGACCAGAGAGCGCAGCAGCAGUGCCGAUUCCAGGGAGCUUGUUACAAUUGUAACAAGAUUGGGCACCGAGCGGCCGAGUGCCGCAGCGCACCCACAGCAGGCCAGCAGGGCAGGACACAGUAG